AUGUCGCUGUUGGGUGGUAUUGCAUCAGAAGCCACUCGCGCAAUGCAAAUUUCAUCGGCCACUUCGUCGGCCAAUCAAAAUAAUCAAAUGAAUAGCAGUUUAAAUAAUAAUUCCACGGUCGCGAUUUCGGUUGGAGCGGGAGCGACAUCAGCGUCGGCGGAAUUGAAGGAACCAGCAGCAAAGGCAGCAUUGGGCUCACCCAAAGUUACCGCACCUCAACAGCCGCCUAUUAUAGAAUCAGCGACGUCGUCAUCGUCAUCCUCAUCCACAAUGCAGCAGCAGCAACAACAACAGAACCAACAUCAGCCACAAUCUAACAUAACUAAUUCUACGAGUGUUAGUGGCACUGUCGCUACUGUGGCAACGACUGCCAAUUCGUCGUCGUCGUCGUCGUCACCGAAUGCAGAAGCAGCUAAAACUCCAAUUGCAAUGGAUACAACACCNGCUAAAGGUAGAGUGAAUGGGGUCAAAUUUAUAGUUUCAUAA